GCUUUUUGUCCUUUUGUGCGCACGGUAGAAACCGGAAGUACAAGAAAAAGCUACAGCACAACAAGACAAUUAAUUGAAGCGAAAUAAUAAAAACAAUAACUGUGACUGAAAAUGGAUAGUCAAAACCCAAAGUCAACUAGUAACGAUUCACGCUGCGUAUUUUUUAAUACAGAUUCAGAAGACUAUCGAUGCGUGGUGAUUUUAACAGUAAAACGAGCCACGGGAACCUUCUCCUUAGUAGGAUGCAUUUUCAUGCUGUUUGUGAUCUGGCUGCUUCGCAGGUAUCACUCUUUGGCUCAGAAGAUGAUUCUCAGCCUGACUGUAGCUGCCUUCUUCGAUAGCGUAGCAUAUGUCAUGGGUGAUUCACAUCCAGAGGCAUCGCUUUGUGACUUCCAGGCCUGCUGGCUAACUUACUUUGACUGGAGUGCCUUGGCCUGGGUUUGCCUCAUCACAGUGAACCUGUACCUCAACCUGGUCAGAGAAAUCAGCACCAACAGAUAUGAGAUGUUGUACCAUCUGUUGGCGUGGGGGGUGCCUCUGGUCAUGGCCUCUUUGCCACUGCUAAAGGGUUACUACGGCCCCGCAGGAGCCUGGUGCUGGAUCACAGACGAUCACGUAGCCUGGAGAUUUGGGAUAUGGUACGUGCCUCUGUUCAGCCUCAUCUUCCUGAUGAUCUGCUGCUACGCCAGGAUAAUCUGCGUGGCCAAUGCGAGGAUGCAGUCAUGGUUGGGAACCUUCAACCCAGAGAGAGAGAGACGAAAGGUUUCCUUGGCUGAGGAGAUCAAGCCGUUGAAGUGGUAUCCCUCCGUCUACCUGCUGGUGUCCAUCUUUCCCCUCAUCAACAGGCUCCAUAAUGCCUUCUACCCACAGGAUCCAUCCUUCUCGCUCACCCUGUUGCACGUCCUCUCAGCGCCACUCCACGGCUUGGCUAAUGCCUUUGUCUUUGGCCUUGAUAGGGAUUGGUGGAGUCUACUGAGCCCUACUGGCAUGCAGCUGGCUCUGCAGUCAAGACUGUGUGACAGGACUCUGAUUGGAGAGUACCACCCCGGGGCGGUGCGCUACACACAGGCUGACCUGGUCGACCUCAGCGAUGACGACGACGAUGACACCAACGUGCUCUUCUACUCUCCUGACAUGACCCUGAAAGACCGAGGGCCCUGAGAGAGAGCUGGAGAGAGGGUGGGAGAGGAGAGAGGGCAAGGAGCUGGAGGAAAGGAGCAUGAACAAGGGUCACAGCCAGAGAGAGACGCAGCGGAUUAGAAACUGAGAGAGAGGAACAAGAGGUAGGGAGGGAAUGAAAAGGAAGAUUGGGGGGACAGUCGGGAAGAUAGAAGGCGGAGAUGAGCUGUCAGGUUCCAUUAUUAAUCCCCAUCCUUUACUAUUUAAUAUCCUAAAGACACACACACAUACACACACACACACAUACUGAGCAGAGCUGCAGCUCCCCGCAACACUACCACGAGAGAGGAGCAAGAAACGAUCGGCUCUAAAGAUCCUCCUAAUGUUAAAGGCAUCUGCUGCAUCCCAAAGGUCUUAAAACAAUUUCCCCCUCUCUGCACUGCCUUCUUGACAUUCUGCAGCGUUUUGGCAUACCACAAAAAUGAAAGAGGAAGAAAAAAGCCCAGAAAGAAUGGCUGAAAGGCAAUCAUAACAAGGUGUUAGUUUAGCAUUCACAGCAAUUACCUUUUCACUUCUCUGCAGAGGAUGAAGUGGAAAGCAGGCCUUUUAAAAAAAGCACCCUGUGUGUCAGACGUGAAAGCAUCUAACGCCGUGAUUGAUCCCGGUUCCGAACACUUUUCAAGGGGGAGGUGGGAUACAGUGGAAAUACAGGACAAAUAAGUUCUAAAGGAGUCUCUCCCUCAUCUCACAGUAUUCGUUUUUUCCUGUUUUUUCUCCUUGCACAUGACAUUAUUGUUCUUGCAACUUUCGCACAAGUAUUACUUUGAAACGUUGUUUUUGUAUGAAAUAUUACAUGUGUUUUGUUAUACUGUAUUUAUCAAUGUACGAUAUAUAUUUAAAUGUAUACUCUAUUUUUGUACGUGCCUCGGACUUGAAUGUGAAGUUCGGUCCAAACCUGCUGCUCCUCAGUCGUGCAGAGCCAAUACAUAUAGCCUUAUGGUCUAAAACUAAAAAACAUGUAUUGUUCAUCAGUCAACACAAACACACAUGUGCUCUCUCUGAGGUGCCUGUCAAAACAGGUUGGAAACAGGGACACACACAUGGCAUAGCAACAGCCUUUGAUGGUUCAUCACCUCAUGGCCCUUGUCAGCGGUGCCGAGGUGUGAUUGGCAGGAUAAUAGAGUUGCUUUAUAUUCAACCUCAGCCCAUUUGUUUUUUUCACACAUCGUGGUGGUUUCAUCACUGUCGGUGCGAGCUGCCGGCUGUCAGCUGCCUCUCUGACAAGUUGAACUAAUGAACCCACACUUGACCCUUUCUACCCUUGAGUUUUUUUACUUUUCUGCUGGUCUUCAAAGACGCCAGAGUGCAACUUUAGAUUUGCAGUUCCCACUACUGUAUAACCCACGCACUGUGCCCCUACCCUUUUUUUUGGCACUGUUGCUGAUUUUACUUGACUGUGCACUCCAUCAAAUAAAUGAGCAGGAGAGACAUUUCAUAACAAA